AUGGCAACCAACACCACCCAACCCCAAGACCAAUACAAACCCGCCCCUCUGUUCGGCGGCGCCAUCACCUGUCUUCUCCCCUCUACCUUCGCCGAUGUGAGCGAUAUUCGUCAAGUCCCGGACAACCAGGAAGUCUGGCUCGAUACCGAUGGCUUCACCUCCAUCGUCUUGGAUAUUCUGGAACGAGUGUAUGCGAAGUCUGACGCGGAUGCAUUGAGGGUGCAUCUGGAGCAUAUUGUGGAUGAGGAUAAGGAUAAGAUGAAGAUUUUGCAGGAGGGGGAGGUGGCGGUUUGUGAGAUGAUGGGAUCAAGCACACCAUGCUACACCCUCAUCGUCACUUCGCCACCAGGAGCUAAGCAGCGCGGCCGUGCUAACGAGCCAGCGUUCGUGGAUCUCUUAGUGACUUUGAUUCGGCUGGAGAAGCAGAAGACUGAUUUGGUGGUCACGAUCAAUGUACCACAUGUUCCUGGAACUUAUGACGCCGGUGAGAUUGAUCGGGAGGCGGGAAGAUUGGGAAAGCUCUUGGAUCGAGCUUUGGAGAUGAGGGAGAAGGUGCUCAGGAGUCUCGAGAUCAAGGACUUUGGGUUGUUUGGAGAGGAGUGA